UGAAGGGUUGUUUGUUGUGUUUACGUUUUUUUCUAAUUAUCUCGAGGACCCUUCAAACAUUAGAAAGAAGAAGAAGAAGAAGAAGCUCCAAGAAGCGGCAAAAGAGGUCGAGCGCAUAUCGCAGUUCCAAGUGCCAAGAUUAAAUAAUCAUGUCGUAGGACGAGACCGUGCCACUGGUCUUUUCGCGUGUAAGCUUCUCUCGUUGGUGUGUAGAUUAACGCCCUUUUUAGCAAAACAAUCAAACGUAGGGCCAGCCCGACGCCCAACAAUCCACAGCGAUGGGACGUAAGCGCGGCACGGGAACCAAGAUGUCGGCCGGCGGAAGAGUGACGGAGCUGGCGGACGAAUCGUCCGACAGUCGCAGCCGCAGCAGCGACAGCGGGGGACGGUCGGCCUCGGUCACGCCGGUACAGGAAAUGCUGGUGGCCAGCGUUGGACGUGGCCGUAAGCGGGGUCGAGGCGCUGGUCGGGGUGCUGGACGAGGACGGGGUGGUCGCGGCAGGGGUGCAUCAUCGCUGGGUGUCAAUUCUCCGCCGCCGGUAGAGGAAACACCGUACGCCGAUGGUGAGAUGGUGGAGAUGAUAGAAAUAUUGGACGAUGAAACGAGCAAAUCGCUCGAGGGCACUCCCGGCGACGACUCGGUUGUGGUGCAGCAGGAGGAGGAGCUGGCGGAGGAGGUGCAGCUGAUGGACUGUCAAACGAUCGACGGUAAAACGAUCGUCGUGACGGAGGAAACGCUGGUGGGAAACGAGCCGGCGGACGGGACGCUGCUGGUGGACGGGGAAACAACGGUGGUGUACAUCGAGGAUGAGCCGGAGGUGGCGGACAGUGGGGCCGGCACGCGCAAGUCCAAACGGCAGGUAAAGGCGACGAACAAGUUCCGCGACUUUGUCGUGGACGCACCGCUGCCGAUGAAUCAGCCGGUGCGCACGUACUCUAGCGGCAAAUCGCCUCGGCGGGUGGCGGGCACGAUCGGCAGUGGCAUGUUGCAGCCCGGCACGAGCAAACAGCAGCGAACUUCGCUCCCGGCAGCGGUGUACGAAACGCCCACGAAGGAGGCACCACCACCCAGCAGCACGGCGGCGGUACGUGGCGGAUCGACCGGGGCAAAGCGGGGUAGAAAGAAGAAACCGGUCGCCCCCAGCAUCCUGGACAUUGCGGGGGUCGAUCCGUGCGACGAAACGAUACAGCUGCCCCGGCCGGAAGAGCGAAACAAUUCGCUGAUUUCCCUCCGGAUCGAUGGAGCGGUGUUCGGGGACGAUGACAGCAUACACAGCUCGAGCUCCCAGGAGCUGGUGGAGAGUGGUCCACCCAUCAUGGGCGGCGGGACGAGGGGUAGAAAGCCAAAGGUGGCCGCGGUGGGCAGUACACCGGAACGGCCGGCCGGGUCUACGUUUAUUAGACGGUCGUACAAAACGCCCGCCAAUGUAAAUGCGGCGCUGGAACCGAGCACGUCCGUCGAGGCGGAAGUGGUUGCGCCCGAACCGGUCGUUGACGAUGAGGAUGUGAUAGUGCUGCAGGCCGAUGAGAUCAUUAUCGAUGCGCCGGAGGAGCGGCCGACAUCCGGCCGGGGCAGUCGAGGUGGUCGUGGUAGCCGCGGUGGGCGUGGAUCGCGUGGCGGACGGGGCAGUCGCGGUGGCCGUGGAAGCCGCGGUGGUCGUGGAGGAAGGGGAAGAGGAGCAGCCAGAGGUGUGAUGGAGGGUGGUGAGGAAAUGGUGAACGAUUCGGUGGAAGGAGAGCGUGAGAAGGAAGAGGAAUCUGUAGCGCAACCAUCGGAAGAGUCUGCUGAAGUCGUGGAAGUUGCGGUAGAACACGUGGAAGAGACAGUACCCGAGAGCGCAAUGAUGGAAGAAAUAGUGGAGGAGAAGGUGGAACAGCCUGAAGAAGUUGCAACUGAACCUGAAGUUCAAGCUGAAAUUGCUCCGAAGGAAGAGGAGGAAAUUCCAGACAAAAUGGAUUCUACAGAACAACCAACAGAAACGGAACCGACAUCAAUGGUAGUGGAAACGCCUGUUGAACCAGUGUGUGAGGUAGAAACAGCUACGGUUGAGGUUUGUGUCGAAGAACAACCAGCUCCCGUUGAACCAAUUCCAGAAAAUAAACCUGAUCUGCCUGAAGAACUGCCCCACGAUGAACCAACACAAAAGGACACUCCGUCAGACACUGCCACGAACAAAGCAACCGAACAAACAAAUCUCCCAAAAGAACCAGAAAUUACACCACCCGAACAGAACGCUUCCGUCGAGACAGAAAAGCCCGAUCGGGAGGAUCCUGCACCCCCGCCGAAGCAAAUCGUCGAAACACCGCCGAGAAAAGAAAAGCGAGACCAGGACACGAAGCUGACCGAUUCGGGCGGCUCACGCAAAGGAUCCAGCAAAGAGCGACCGCCCAAAGAAUCGCCAUCGAGCCGGGACAAGUACCGUGCGUCGGAAAAGUCCACCCCCGACGAGGAUCGCUCGCGGGGGGAGCAGCGUAAAAAGGAGCGGAAACGAUUGGAGGAGGAGAUGCGCAAGCGAACACAGUCGAAAGAUCGGCCCAUGGGUGAUGAACGGCACGAGAAACGCGCGGUUAGUGAUGGGGCAGUGCGUGUGAAAGACGAUCGGAAGCUUAGUUUAGAUCGCAUGUCGUCAGCUGGCACGGAGCGUGAUCAACACGUGCCAUUAGGGACGACGGCAAGCGAUGAGAAGGAUAAGAUAAGAAAGGGAAAGGAAGCGGAUAAACGGUCGUCCGACGUUGGUACUGCGGGUGAAGCGAAAGAAAAGAUCGCCACCGCGGAAAGCUCCAUCCCUUCCAGUAGCAAGAAACGUCCGUCGUCAAUUCCACCCCGUCCGGAUAAGCCGAAAAAGUGUUUCGAGUCGGAGAUGAAAGCGCUGGAGCUGCAGCCAAUAUCGCGCACGAAAGCACCGCACGAUGAAUCGCGCCGCCGAGCGGAAACGAAGGACCGGGAUGAUUCCUCUUCAUCGUCCUCCUCCCACCGGACGAAGGAACACAGUCGGCAUAGCAGCAGCAGCGGCAGCAGUAAGCACAAGAGCUCGAAAUCAUCGUCCUCGCAUGAGGGAGCGACCGCACGUCGGCUGGACACAAGCGGCCAUCGCUCCAGCCGCCCCAAAGAAAAGGAAGAGGAGAAGCAACAGCGCGAUCGUGGCGAGGGUGGGGAAAAGGAACCCACCGGUCGGAAGAGCGUCAGUGCGGGCGGCAGCUUUCUUCAGGAGGAAACGAAUCGCGAUCGUUCGAUAGUGAAGAAAUCGUCCAAAACGAAGGACUCCAAGCGAGAUUCGUCCAAAGCGAAGAGCGGCGUUGAAGCGGUGGAGGAAAAACCGGCGGAGAAGCCGCUCGUUACGGAGAGCCCUCAGAAGAAGAUCGAGGAACAGCCGGUUGAGACGAGGAAUGUUCCGGAAUGUCCGCCGGUUGAGCAGGAACCCGCGGAGCCGUUCAAAGCGUCCCCCGAAGCGCCGAGGAUCGUAACGAAAGCGUCGCUCAAGAUGUACAAAAUGGAGGAGUGCGUUGAGGCGGAGCUGCCGACACCACCACCUCCACCCCAACAACCUCCGGAAACACUCCAAGUCACUCCAAAGGCGGAGGAGAUCCACGUCUCUGAGGUUGUCCAAACAAAGGUUGCCGAGUUGCCAACGCAACUCCCCGUGAAAGAGGAACCUCCAGCCACGCUUGAUGCUGUCCCUCCGAUGGAACCCAAACCGGAGACGCAACAGCUUGCCGAGCUGAAGGAGGAAGAAGCGUUUAGUGACGCGGAAACGCUACGUUCCGAUUCGGUGGCCGGCCUCUCAGACAGUGAGGGUCUUUCCGCCCCGUCCCGAUGCAGCAGUGGCUUCCCGUCCGAGGAUGAUUCCGGGGUGCGGAGCGGUGCCAGCACACCGUACGAUCUAAUGUCCUGCGAUGAACCGGAUCCGGCAAGCAGCGGCGGCGGUGGCAGCGUGACGGUUGUCCCUCCUUCAUCCGUUCCGUCGGUGGAGGAAGUACGCGAUGAGGAUCGUGACUCGCAGCGCGUCGAUAUGGUACGGUUGGUGGAGAGCUACAUCGACGAUGGCGUCAUUCGCCGUUCGACCCGCAUCAAGACGAUCAGCUCGCAGAAGCAGCGGACCAGCGGCCACGGGCUGGUGCGCGAUAGGGACAAACUGAUGAAAAAAUCGUCCGGCGCGGUGGGCGAUGCCUACGGCACUGCGGAAGCGCUGGCGGGCGGCUAUUCGGCGAGCGAGAUGGCAAUGCAGUCGGGCGGCCAUCUGCAGGGCGCGGCGGGUGUAAGCGGCCCCGCCUGGCCCGUCAUCGCUAACGAGGGCGAUAGCGCGAACGUGGAGCUGUCGGAGGAGUAUCUGCGCGACAUGGAGGAAAAGCUGAGCCGGUUCGAAACGAUCCGCGAGAACAUCUACCACAGCGACCGGAUCGUGAGCAGGGAGGCGAAGAAGAUGACGUGCGAUUGCUUCCUGACGCACGAGGAAAUUGAGCGUGGUGAGCACGGGUGCGGGGAGGACUGCCUGAAUCGGCUGCUCAUGAUCGAGUGUGGCUCGCGCUGUACGGUCGGUGAUCGGUGCACGAACCGGCGGUUCCAGCGGCAGGAGUACGCCCACUGUCAGGUGUUCCGGACGGAGAAGAAGGGCUUCGGCAUACAGGCGAGCAGCGCGAUCGCGCCGGGCGAGUUCAUCAUGGAGUACGUGGGCGAGGUGCUGAACAGUGCGCAGUUCGACGAGCGGGCGGAGGCGUACUCGCGGGAAAAGAACAAGCACUACUACUUCAUGGCACUGCGGAGCGAUGGCAUUAUCGACGCGACGACCAAGGGCAACAUUUCGCGCUUCAUCAACCACUCGUGCGACCCGAACGCGGAAACGCAAAAGUGGACGGUGAACGGGGAGCUGCGGAUUGGGUUUUUCAGCACGAAGUACAUACUGCCGGGGGAGGAAAUUACGUUCGACUACCAGUUCCAGCGGUACGGGCGGAAGGCGCAGAAGUGCUACUGCGAGGCGGAAAGCUGCCGCGGGUGGAUCGGCGCGAAACCGACGGGCGAGGGCCGGGAUUCCGAGUUUGAGGAGGAAGAUGAGGAUGAAGAGGACGAGGAGGAGGGAGAGGAAGGCGAGGAGGAGGAGAGUGAGGAGGAGGAGGAAGGUGGUGAGAAGGUUGAUCUGGUGGAGACGGCGGCCUCGGUGCAGCAAUCGGCCCAACUGGACGUUGGUAAAGCGGCGAAGGGUGCUGCAUUGGCGGCGGCGGCAACGGCCGCAGGGGCUGGCGAUCGGCCGGAAGGUGGCAAAUCGGAUGCCGCGCCAGUUGCACCGACGAAGGUAAAGAAAACGCGCAAGAAGCGCACAACGGGGCGCAAGCAGCGACGACUGGAAAUUCACGAAGAUCCCGACCUGGACGAAGAGAUCAACAAUCUGCUCAAGACCGGGCUCAAAAACCAAGCGCACACACUCAAACUGUCCCGGCUGAUGGUGCGCGCGAAGGACAUCAAAUCACGCAGCCGACUGCUGACCCUGCUGCAGAGUGGGGAGCUUCCGUGCCGCCGCCUCUUCCUCGACUACCACGGACUGCGGCUGCUGUACGGAUGGAUCUGCGAGUCGACCGAAUCGAUCGAGGACCUCAAGUUCCGCAUCCAAAUCCUGGACACGCUCGACCGACUGCCAAUCUCGAACAAAACGAUGCUAAAGGACAGCAAAAUACUGCACACGGUGGAAAAGUGGGCCCGGGUGGAGAAGGGCAAACAACAGAAGGAAGUCGUCCCGGGUCCGACCGCUGUGCCGAAGGAAGAGCCACAACCACAGCUGCCGCCUCCUGCGCCAGCAGCGGUUGGUGAGAAAGCGGAAAAGGAAGUGUCGUCGCGCACCAGCUCGCCGAGCGAUAGCAAUGGGGCGGGCAGUGAUAGCAGCAGCCAGCCGGCAACGGAGCGGCAACAGGCAGCGGCCAAGAAGGACCUGCUCGGGCUGGGCAGCAUGGAGGUGCUGAAGAACAUGCCGGCACUGCUCAAGCUGGCCGACCUGGGCAAGCUGAAAGAGAUCAUCAGCACGUGCGACAGUAAGGAGGUGGAAAACAAGGAGAAGGCAGCAGCGGCAGCAGCAGCCGCAGCAGCAGGAGCUGCGGCGGCGACAGCAACGACAACACUCUCAACGGAUUCGCUCACCGCAAGCGUGCUACCGUCAGACAUUCAGAUCCCCGAGCCGGAGGACGAGAACGCACCGGAGGAGCAGCGGCUCGGCACGCAGAUACGCAUCCUGUCCUGCAAGCUGCUCAUCAGCUGGAUGAACCUGAAGGAGGUGUUCCGCAUCCCGAAGAAGGAGCGCAUCGAGCAGAUGAAGGAGCACGAGCGGGAGGCGGACAUGCGCUACCAGGCGAUCGGGUUGGAAAACGACGACGAGAAGGAGGAAAAGCAGCAGCACCACCGGCAUCGGGACGGCCGUGGCUGGGGCGACGGUCGUGGUUUCGUGCGCGGAAGCGGUGAGCCCAAGCGGCGCCGUUCGCUGGACGAUCGCGACGCACCGUACGGGGGCGGGCUGGGCGGAAAGCUGAAGCGACCGCCGCCCGGCGGGCUGGCCGGUGUCGGUGGGUAUGCGCCGCUGAAGCAGGACAACCUUUCCAAGCAGCAGCGGCGCCACCUGUUCGAGAUGAAGGUCGCCCACGAGGAGGCCGAACGGCGCAAGAAGGAGAUGUGGCUGAUGCACGAGAACGCGUGCCUGCGGUUCGGGCUGAACCCGCAUCUCACCGCCCCGAUGGACAUUCCGGUGCGCAUGAACCCGGCGACGGGCGAAUACUUCUCGGAGGACGAUCGCUUGCUGCCGACGCCACCGAGCCACGCGUACUUCAAAAUUCAACCGCCACCGAUGUCGACCAAUCCGGACGAUUACGAGCUGCCGGCGAUGAAGCUGCCGCCGUACUGGCGCUUCGCGAUUGACGAGCGUGGCCGGCUGUACUACUACCACGUGAAGGAGCGCAUCCCGCAGUGGGAGCCGCCGAGGAAGCCGGGCGCCAGCCGGGCGGCGGUGGUGGCCGACGACGAGGACAUUUCGCUCAGCUCCGACUCGAGCACGACCGAUACGUGCGACACGAGCGAGGAGGAGCUGGCGGCGCAGUUCGAGCAGCUGCUGAAGAAGAAGCGCAAACAGCAGUCGAGCUUUAAUUUGGAUGACGUGCUGGCCAAACCGGACGACAUGAAUGACGACAUGUCGAAGGCACCGGUGAAGCGCGAAUCGGGCGAAUCGGGUUCACCGCAGAUGCUAACGCUGGAGGAAAUCUUUGGCGAGUCGGCCAACGCGAGCACGGCGGCAGUGGAUGAGGCCACUCUGCAGCAGCUGCUUCCGCGGCGCAAACGCAAGCACAGCCUGAAGUUGGUGCAGGCACGCAUUAUAAGUCCCCGCACCGAGGAGGACAAGCAGUACGGCCAGAUGGAGAUGAAGCGGUACAAGGAGACGAAGGAGAAGCUGCGCAAGCGCAAGGAGGAAGCGAAGCGGUUGCGCGCCCGCAGCAUGUUCUCCAAGACGCUGGCCGACAAUCCGUUCGGCGGUCCGCUGCUGGAUAAGCCGUCGCUUGCGGCGAAUGCCACCGCCACGGAUGGGGCAGGUAGUGGCGGCAUGGGCGGUGUUGGUGUCGGUGGUACCGGCGAUGCGUCCCUCAUGGACGAUGAUCUGGUCGUGUCGCACAAGAUCGUGGAGGAUAAGUGCAUCGUGGACGAGCUGGAUAUACUGAACAAGAAGAAAAAGAUCUCCCCGUACGAGGAGUGGAAGAAGGUGCAGCAACGGUUGGGCAAGAAGCGUAAAACGGCCGAAGAAAUGACGGGUGAGAGUGGUGGUGGUGGUGGUGGUGCGGCCGUUGCUGGAGGAAGUGGAACUGGUGGGCCUGCGGCUGCUCCAGCACAGCAGAGUGCAGCAGACGGCGGUGGAAGCUCAGCCAUGGCAACGGCGAAGCUUGCUAAGCGCAAGAAAUCAAGCAAGGGCGAUCUGAACAGCGAGGAGGCGAAGAAAAUUAAGGAAAAGUUCCGCGUCGACAUAGCGGGCGUGAUCGUGCAGCAUUUGAGCGGCUAUCGGAAGGAUAGCUGCCCGCUCGGCCGCAUUACCAAUACGGACGAUUUCAAGCAUCUCGCUCGGAAGUUAACGCAUUUCGUCAUGCUGAAGGAGCUGAAACACUGCGACAAUACCGUGCACGAGCUGGAGGUGACGGACUCCGUUAAGACGAAGGCGCGCGAGUUCAUCAAGAAGUACAUGGCCAAGCAUGGGCCGGUGUACGUGCGGGGUGAAAACGAGCCGGAUUAUUCGAACGUUGCGCUUUAAUACGUUUGGAAGUGGUAGCAGCAGCAGCAGCAGCAGUAGCAGCAAUCAGUGUCCUUUUCAGUGUGUUAAUUAAUGUUAACGGCAACGGCAAUAUUAUAGGAACCGUUUAUAGUGAAAUAACCUUUCUAGGUUUUGGUGUAAAUUUGAGUGAUUUUCAUUAAUUAACAAUAGAAAUAAAUGUAUGAAUUUUGUAAGAAUAA